CUUGUUUAUUCUGAGAUUAACCAUUGAUCGCAUGUACAGAAAGGAUGAAGCAUCAAUGCCACACAAUUUUCCUUUUUAUUUGCUAUGCUGCAGCUCAGAUCAGACUCUUAAUCGGUUUCCUUUGAUAAAUAUAUCACAUCCUUUCUGCGUUCUUAAAACAUUGAUGCCUCACACAUGACGACGUGAAUAGUAUAUUAAGUGGUUCCAUUCAAUUAUCAUUGUUCAUUCCUAUUUGUACAAAAGAACAUCUAUGGUUGCAUCAGUACUGUGGCUUAGCGCAUCUGCUUCUCAAUCGGCAAGCCCUGAAUCAUACAAUUCAUUUAUCUUAGUUCUUUAAAACUCGAUUGCUGCCUGCUCAGUUUCUGUAGUUUGAAUUUUGGAGGUGAAGUUAUGAUUCAUUAAUCAGAAAAUCUACUAGUUGGAAAGAUGAAAGGAAAAAUGAAAGGAGAGGUUUGAAAGACAGAGAACAACAACUCCCUUUCAUGUUUGUGUACUUUGGGCACUUCUUUAAUAUUAGGACAGUCUCAUUGCCUAACUAUGGAUUAGAACUUGAAUUUGGGGAUGCAACAACUACUUUUUUGUGGGUCCUUCUCCUGGUUUCCUCAUUUAUUUUUCAAACUUGGGAAAUUAAAACCCAAUGACACUUCAAAAAAUUGUGUGUAGCCUGCGCAGCAAAAAUGGUUUUGCCUAUUAGUUGAUCACAGCUGUCAGGUUGCAACCUAAAGCAAAAAGUUGCAACAAGAAAAGGACCUGGCUAAAGGAAUUGCAGCAAAUAUGUUGGUAUCUUAUUUGAAAGUAACUCUAAAGAUGCAUGCUUCUGCAAAGGUGAUGUAUGAUGCUUCUGGUGUCAGGCUCCAUGCUGGUCGCCAAGCUGAGUUACUGAACCAAAUUGUAUGCGAGCUACCUCCUGAACACCCUGUCUCUAAUUGUAGACCACUACGAGAUUCGCUUGGCCAUACACCACUUCAGGUCGCUGCAGGUGCAAUAUUAGGAUGUAUAGUAGCUUUCCUCAUGAGAAGCUCUAGUUAAAGAAUGGUAAAAGCCAAUGGCAAUUCUGCGAAUGCGAUAUGGCAGUUAGCUGGUUCAAGUUGCAACAACAGGUAGUCCUGCUUACAGAAGGAAAAUCAAACUACGCAGGGAAAGCUUACUGCCCUUUGAGUUCUCGUUGUAAUUGCUCAUUGAAUUCAUUCAUAUGUUUGGCAUUUAAGUCUAAUGUACAAAUCAUUCUCCUCACCCAGUUAUGUGUAUAAAUUAGUUUCUAAGUUGGUUCCUUCUCUUGUUUUAGAUCUUAGAUGGGGAUGGGCAUUGUCGAGCGUGAUAAUAUUAACCGUUAUUGAUCCUUAUUAUUAUGAAGUUUGGUACAAGGAGUUCUCAGCUACUGAUUCGGGGAUGAUUUCGAUCUUUUUGUUAACUUUCUUUUCUCAUCUCAAAUUUGUUCGUUAGAGAAUGUUUGGUGAAGAUUGUAAGUUAUUUUUAAGUAUUUUAUUUAUGUAUAUUUUUUAGAGAGAGAAGGAAUUUGAUUAAAAGUCUUGUUAGAAUGA